CUAACACAGAAGACCUUUGUUGGUGUGACAGUAUGCAAACUGACCUGGAAGUCCGCAAGAUAACUGAACACUCUUAUAAAUACGUCGAAUAUCACUUAUCCGAGCACAGUGUAUCCGCGCCCAUGCGCCUUGCGUACUGUCCAACCGUUUUUAAUUACUAACUAUUCUACUAUCUCUCCUACUAAUAUUUUCCUAAUUGAAAAUGGCGCCCGGUGUCAUUUCCAAUACUGAUGCCAUUAUUAACAACCCUUUGGGAGAAAUUUCUUCCGUCCACGGCGAGAAUCUAAUCAGUGUCCUGAUUGCUCAAAAAGAGCUUUCUCUUGAAAAAUGCCCCGUAGAUCAUACCAAGCUACUUAUCAAUGAAGUGUUUAAUGGCGAUAAAGUUGAAAACGGUAUUAAGCUUAAUGGAGACGCGAAUGACGCUGAAAUGAAUGCGAUUGUUCAUAUUAGCGUUGAGAAAACCUGUCCCGUUGACCACACGGAUGGCGAUGUAGUUUUGAAAGAGCAGAACGUGAAGGUUGAUCUAAUUGGAACAGUAGUGACUAAAGAGCCAACUAAGAUGACGCCUCGUAAAGUUGUAAUACCGAAAGUGCUGAAGAAUUUGGAAACUCACGACUAUCUUUACGACCGCCUGUAUGACAGUGGUUGCCCUAUGGCGCCAACACUAUGCAACGAGAAGUCAUGUCUGGGCAGCGUCAUGGCCAUCCCUGGCCGCGGGGAUGUGCCAAGAGUACCGGAGGAAGUGCUCAGCGACGCCAAGGACUUCUUUGGCCAAUACUUUGCUUCCAUCAGAAGAGCAAACACCCCAGCCCACGAAGCGCGCUGGAACGCAGUCCAGGAGGAGGUGACGAAGACCGGCACCUACCAGCUGACCACCACCGAGUUGGUGUUCGGUUGCAAGCUUGCCUGGAGGAAUGCUAGCCGGUGCAUAGGCAGGAUACAGUGGUCUAAACUGCAGGUUUUCGACUGCCGACAAGUAACAACUACAAGUGGGAUGUUCGAAGCUCUGUGCAACCACAUCAAGUACAGCACCAACAAGGGCAACAUUAGGUCCGCCAUCACGGUGUUUCCUCAGCGCACAGACGUGGAGCACGACUAUAGAAUAUGGAACAGCCAGCUGAUCAGCUACGCGGGCUAUAAGCAGCCAGACGGCACCGUGCUGGGCGACCCGAUGCACUGUGAAUUCACUGAGCUUUGCCUGAAACUGGGCUGGAAGCCACCUAGGACCACUUGGGAUAUUUUACCCUUGGUACUCUCCGCCAAUGGGAAAGACCCCGACUAUUUCGAGAUCCCUAGAGAACUCAUCAUGGAGAUUCACAUGACCCAUCCCACGUACGAAUGGUUCGAAGAGCUAAAUCUGCGCUGGUAUGCGCUGCCCGCGGUAUCGAGCAUGCGUUUCGACUGCGGCGGCAUCGAGUUCACCGCGAAUGCUUUCAAUGGCUGGUACAUGAGCACGGAGAUCGGUUGCAGGAACUUUUGUGAUGUCAACCGACUUAAUAUGCUUGAGACAGUGGCCCAGAAAAUGGGAUGUGACAUCAGAACGCCAGUGACCUUAUGGAAAGAUAAGGCUCUAGUGGAAGUGAACGUGGCCGUGUUACACAGCUUCCAGCAGCAUAAUGCAACCAUCGUCGACCACCACACCGCUUCUGAGAGCUUCAUCAAACAUCUCGACAAUGAAAACCGGCUACGAUCGGGCUGUCCAGCGGAUUGGAUAUGGAUCGUUCCGCCGAUGUCGUCAUCCAUCACACCGGUAUUUCAUCAGGAGAUGGCGCUAUAUUAUCUCAGGCCUUCCUACGAAUAUCAGGAACCAGCGUGGAAGACCCAUCAAUGGCAGAAGUCAAAGCCAAUCACCGGUAAAAGGCCGAUAAACAGAAAGUUCCACUUUAAGCAGAUAGCUCGAGCUGUCAAAUUUACAUCCAAACUGUUCGGCCGGGCGCUUUCGAAGAGGAUUAAGGCGACGGUUUUGUAUGCGACCGAGACCGGCAAAUCUGAGCAAUACGCCAAGGAGUUAGGAGUCAUAUUUGGACAUGCCUUCAAUGCCCAGGUCCAUUGCAUGGCAGACUAUGAUAUAACCUCAAUAGAGCACGAGGCGCUUUUGUUGGUUAUUACAUCCACUUUUGGAAAUGGUGAUCCCCCAGAAAACGGUGUGGCUUUCGGAGAACAUCUUUGCGAGAUAUUGUACGCAGAUCAAGUUGAAGAUGCCGGGGCUCAAAACAUGCCGACACCUAAGUCAUUCAUUAAAGCUAACAGCCAAAUGGAAAUGCAAAAAUUUACGGUGGGGAAUCCCAAACAGUUGAAUCGAUUGGAAUCACUUAAAGGAAGCGCCACUGACACGGUGUCCAUUGAUAGUUUUGGGCCACUCAGCAAUGUUCGUUUUGCUGUGUUCGCUCUGGGUUCCAGCGCAUACCCCAAUUUCUGCAAUUUUGGUAAAUAUGUGGACAAACUGCUGGGUGACCUCGGCGGAGAGAGGAUCCACGACGUGGCCACUGGUGACGAAAUGUGUGGACAAGAUCAGGCGUUUAGAAAAUGGGCUUCCAGUGUAUUUAAUGUUGCUUGUGAGACAUUCUGCUUGGACGAUGACGAAACACUACAAGAAGCAAAGAGAGCGCUAGGAACGGUAGCACUGAGUGAACAAACUGUUCGGUUUACACAUCCAGAAAACAAAGCCCCGACUUUGACAGUUGCGCUUCAAUCGACUCUCAAUAGACAACUAGUGACGUGCGUUGUUCGGGCGAAUAAAGAUUUGGGCGAUGAAUCAGCUGAAAGAUCUACUAUUUUCAUUGACCUGGAACCAAAGGACGAAAUCAAGUAUGACCCUGGAGAUCACGUUGGUAUAAUUGCUUGCAAUCGUAAAGAACUGGUGGAUAGUUUGCUAGCCCGCUUAAAAGACAUCGAUGACUACGACGAAGCUUUGCAGCUGCAGCUCAUGAAGGAAACGCAUACAUCAGCUGGACCGGUAAAAUCUUGGGAGCCACAUGAAAGAUUGCCAGUAGUGAGUGUGCGAGAGCUAUUCACACGCUUUUUAGACAUCACUACUCCUCCAACCACGAUACUUUUGCAGUAUUUGGCUACGACCUGUGAAAAUGAGGAGGAGAGAACACAGCUCAAUUUAUUAGCCACUGAUCCUGGAGCAUAUGAAGAUUGGCGGCACUUCCACUUCCCUACAUUGGCUGAAGUAUUGGAACAGUUUCCUUCAGCUAGACCAAGCGCAUCCCUAUUGGCUGCCCUGUUGUCGCCUCUGCAACCGAGAUUUUAUUCCAUAUCGUCUUCACCUAUUGCGCACCCCAAACGAUUACAUCUUACAGUGGCUGUCGUUACGUAUAGAACUCAAGAGGGAGAAGGCCCUGUUCACUACGGCGUUUGCUCCAACUACCUUAUGGACCGGAAUCCCGGUGAUGAAGUAUACUUGUUUAUUAGAAGCGCGCCAAACUUCCAUCUUCCCGAUGACUUAUCAGUUCCAUUAAUCCUCAUCGGGCCCGGCACCGGCAUUGCACCUUUCCGUGGUUUCUGGCACCAUCGAAGAGCACUCCUGAACUCUCGCAAUCGCAGUAACAUUGGCCCUGUUUGGCUUUUCUUUGGAUGUAGAACUAGGACUAUGGACCUGUAUCGAGAAGAAAAGGAACAAGCUUUGAGAGACAAUGUCCUAACCAAAGUGUUCCUUGCUUUAUCCAGGGAAAAGAAAAUUCCAAAAAUGUACGUUCAAGAGCUAGCUGAAAAAGAAGGACAGGAAAUUCACGAUUUAUUAAUAAACCGGGGAGCACACUUCUAUGUGUGCGGUGACUGCAAAAUGGCAGAGGACGUCAAUCAAAAGCUCAGAGGAAUCAUAGUGAAGUACAGCAACAUGACCAAAGACCAAGUUCAAAGCUUCAUGUUUAAGUUAAAGGAGGAGAACCGUUACCAUGAAGACAUCUUCGGCAUCACGCUCCGUACCGCCGAGGUACACAGCGCGUCGCGGGAGUCGGCACGGCGCAACCGGGUUGCCGCGCAGCCCUGACGCCGGUCCUCUCGCUUUAGGCCCAACUCGCUCAUCUAGCAAGUACGCCCCACAACUAACAACAAGAAUGAUACAAUAUAGUAUACCAAACCAGAAGAAUACGGAAAACUUAACAUAAAUUCACACCAGUGAUGGUGAGAAAUUAAUGAAACUCCAUUGAUACGUAUAUCAUAUAAUUAUUAUGAGGGUUUUGGUCUAACCGCUAAUUCUGAUAGCAUUAAAUAGCUCAUGAGAGCUCCGGCGCAAAUCAGCCCGUUCUCUGGUGCCCUUUUGUGUAUUAUUUUAUGUUCAACUUCCUGCCGUGCAACUCUGAUCAUUUCUAAACCCGCUGAGAUUUUAAUGCAAAAUCUUUCAUGGUUUUUAACUUGAUGGGUAACAUUUUCAAACUUUUAUUGUAUACAAAUUGUGAUGAGCCCAACGGGACGGUCAUAAGAUAUUUAAAGCCAGACUUAAAAUUCACGACGAAGACAUCAAACAGAGAAUCGCUAUGGCUAAAAGAGCCUUCAAUAACAAAAAAGAUCUACUUAAGGCACGCAUUUCAAAAAAAGCCAAAAAACGAUUGAUAAAGGUGUUUAUCUGGAGCAUUGCGUUGUAUGCGAGUGAGACAUGCACACUGAGACAAAAAGAUAGAAAAAGGUUGGAAGCUUUCGAAAUGUGGUGUUGGCGGAGGAUGGAAAGGAUUAGCUGGACUGAAAGGAAGACGAAUGAAGAGGGCCUGAGUAUGAUAGGGGAAAAGCGAUGCUUAUUAAAUGCAAUAAGAAAUAGGAGAGGCAUGAUGGUAGGACACAUUAUACGGCAUGACAAGUUUUUCCUAAACAUCCUGGAAGGCAGGAUUGAAAAAACAAGAGAAGUAGAGUGACCUAGAAUUACUUUUCUCGGCCAAAUAAAAAAUAAUGCGUCCUAUGAAGAAAUUAAAAGACUGGCACAAGAAAGAAAUGAGUGGCGAUUACAGUCCACCGACAAGAUCAAAGCUCUUAAGUUAAGAUGAAGAUGAUGAGACUUAAUAUUGAUAUCCUAACUAUAUCCAUGAUUUUAUAUAAUGAACGUUUGUUUAAAUUUGCUGUAUUGCUAUCAGAUGAGCUUUAAUUUUGGUUUGCGAAGUCAAUUAUAAAUAUAAACACCAGAGAAACAUCUAGUUAACAAAUUUUGGCCAAAUGUUUUAAUGAUCUCUAUUUUAAAUAGGUUGUGCAAAAUGAGAUAUAUACUUAAUGUAAAAAUCCUAUAUUGCAAUAUAAUUUACGUUGUUUGCAAUUAUUCCUGUGAUUGUAACUUGGUUUGCUAAUUGUAGCAAUAAAUGACUAGAUUCCAUUUUUCUAAAUGAAAUAUUUUGGAAUUAAGUAAAGCAGGGUGUCUGUAAGUGAAUAACGCACAAUGCAUUAUAUUUUCUAUAUUCAUUAAAAAGCUAUCUACUACUUUACAUAAUAAUGAUCUAUAAACAUUAAUAGAAAAUGAUCGUUAAUAAUAUUUCAAUGUAAUAAAAAAAGUGUUUCAAGCUAAAAUUUUGUCCAACAUACAAAGUGCUUGCCUGCAUUUCAUUUAGAAUAUUAAAAGCCAAAUUAUAUUUUUCAUCUUUUACCCGUAGAUAGAAUAAUACAACGAUACUUAUAUUUUAAGCAGGUAUUACAAUUUUUUAAGUUUUGUACAGAUAUGAAUUUAUUAAUUUCUAUGUAAAUAAAAGUAAUUUAAGUUUUAUAUUUUAAUUGUACAUUAUUUCAGCAGUCAGGGCUAAUUUUCAUAUUAUUUUGUCGCAAACGUAAUAUAUUGUUAAUUAAUCGAAGAAAGUAUUUUAUAUCUUAAAAUGGUAAUAGUACAUACUAUAUAAUAAUCACAUGUGUUGAAAAAUAUCAAAAGUGGUCAUUGAUAAACACCACGUCAAACUUACACGACUAAUAAGCUGUGAUCGUUAAUUUUCCAGCAAUUUUGGUGCAGCAUAGUAAAAAUAAAGGAUUUUCUUAAUUUUUUUCCUAGGGAGAGGAUUGGUUAAGGUUAAUAUUACUGUUAUCAACCCUAAUUAUCUAUUCCACCUAGAGUAGGGCAUACAGAUGCUUUUAACCAACAAUGCUGCACCAAAAUUGCUGGAAAAUUAACGAUCACUGCUAAUAAGUACUGACUUAUUUUGGUAUUUAUUUACACAUGGCGGUUUAAGAAACUUAACCAACUUUAAUAUUUGCGACAUUGUCUCCAUUCUGUGGUAUUCCAAAAAUUGUUCUGUCCUUUUAAUGCUAAGUGUGAGUGUUGAAAAUUUGUGAUCUUGUAAAUUAAUUGUAAGAAAUGUAUUCAUAUUUUCUAUUAUUCAUGUUCCAAGAAUUUAAUAUAAAAUUAAAAUCUUUUUCUGAUACCUAAUAUUUCUACAUUAAAAUAAAAAUCCUAAUUAUACCUUAUUAUUGUAAUAACGGGAUAUCUACAAAUAACUGAGUUCAUAUCUUAUAAUAGAGUGCACGAAUAAAAUAAUAAUAAUGUUACUGUCUAAAUCAUAUCACGCAAAUGUUAAAUAUAAUUAUGCACUAUUUGAAAUAAUAAAGACUACUAAACAUGUUACGCUGUCGAGUAUAAUACUUGAAUUUCAAUACAUUUGUCUGUAAUUGAUCAAAUAAAGUUCCUUCAUAUUCGAAAAUA